ACUAUCAUCGGGGAUAAAUGGUUAAAUGCUUCGGUCCCAGAUUGGCGACACACGGGGGCCCCUUUGAAGGACGUCAUGCCCAGGGUUGAUCAAUAGCGUGACGCGACGCCGAGGUUCUGGGCUGCGGAGACUGUGAUCUUCACUCUCGGACCCUGGGACUUGAAGUCUCCCGUGUUGAUCACCGUGGCGAUCACAUGCUUGGAUCAAGUCGAAUGCAGGGCCGGCAGCCAAGUUGCAUAAUACAAGUUGUGCGAGCUAGCUAUCGAUAAGCCCUUUGAUCGGGUCACUCCCGAAACUCCGCAACUCAGUGCACGCCAGACACACCUGCAGCCCCGCUAUGAACCCUUCAGAGCGGACGAAAGAGGCACUUCUCGCAAAGACUGAGGCACUAUGCACUUCCAUUGUCGACAACCGGAAAGAUGACCCAUGGGGUGGCGACGGCUACCUCUCCACCAUUCUUCGCGCCGUGAAGAUGCAGGAUGCGACUGAUUACUCGGAAGACGACACACGAACCGAGUUUCCGCCGGCAUUGGACUAUGCAACGUCUGCACAAAGGGAGCUGGUCAUUAGAGAACAAAGUGCUGCACUGAUCAGAACGGCACAAGGCAUCUCCACCCUCAUCCGCGAUUUGCAAGAACUCUGGCUCUUCGGCGGCCUCGACACCCUCUCAGACCCCGCAGAUGAAGAAGCGAACCGGACAAAGGCCCUUGCGGUUGCGGAGAUGAUCGAAGCGUUGGCUAAACAGGGACCCGGUGGUGCGAGGCAGAAGGAAGAUGGUACAAUCAAGAAGGAAGAGACACACAGCGGGUCAUGAGCAAACUGGGCUAUUGGCGUCUACUCUGACAGGUGUGGACGGUGGAUUAGAUAGGAAGCGUAGCGAGACGAGGACGAGCGAUGCUUGCAUUUGAUACCCGAGCACUUUUUUCCAACGAGCGAGGUAAUACAGAGCUCAAUUAUAAUUGGCAUGACUAUGAAUCUAGGAGCCACGAUAAUUUCAAUGUGUUGGCUCACCACGGACGUUGCUAUCUUGAUGUGCCCGACACUCGAUUC